AUUAUAUCGAUGAUCGAUCCCCAUUGAGAGAUGUGGUCCUCUUCUAUCAACCCUAGACGACCUAAACACACCCAACUCUCUCUCUCUCUCUACCGAAACCGAAUCUGUGUGUUUAUUAUAGGUACUCGUAGUUGGUCUGGGGGGUAGGUGGGGUUUGAUUAGGAAGCUAAUGAUCGUCACUAGUGCUGCUGCUUAAGAGUCCUGAAGAUUUUUGUCUCAUAAACAAGAAAAGCUGCUGUCUUUUGAGGAUUACAAGAAAUUAAAAACCAAUCUUUUAUAUAAUAUCUCAAAUGGAUGAUGGUGGGCAUCGUGACAAUGGUUGGCAUAAAGCAUCUCAUGGCAAGCAGUGGAUGAUGCAGCAGCAUCAGCCGCAACAGCAUCAGCCAUCGAUGAAACAAGUGAUGUCAAUAAUAGCAGAGCGCGACGCAGCGAUCCAGGAGAGAAACCUCGCCAUCUCUGAGAAAAAAGCAGCACUAGCCGAAAGAGACAUGGCCUUUCUCCAGCGAGACACUGCCAUCGCCGAGCGCAACAACGCCAUAAUGGAGAGAGACAGCGCUCUUGCAGCCCUACAGUUCCGUGACAGCUCAAUGUCUACUUCACGCCAGCACCAACCUCACAUUCACCAUCAACAACAUCACAUGCUUCAGGUGACUGAAAAUGCAUAUGAGACCAGAGAAACGGAGACAUCACCACCACCACCUACCAAACCAAAACGCGGUAGAAAAGCGAAAGAGCCAAAGGCACCAGCUGCUAAUAAGAGAGGGCCAAAGACUCAGAGGAAGGUUAAGAAAGAAAACGAGGACGACUUAACCAAGUUAAUGUUCGAUGAAGAAGCAACGGGAUCGAAAUCGGAUUGGAGAAGCCAAGAAACGGUGGGGCUUAACCGGGUUGUUUACGACGAGACGACAAUGCCACCUCCGGUGUGUUCGUGCACAGGUGUUCUCAGACAAUGCUACAAAUGGGGGAACGGAGGUUGGCAGUCAUCUUGUUGCACAACCACGCUGUCGAUGCAUCCAUUACCGGCACUCCCCAACAAGAAACAUGCUCGAGUUGGUGGUAGGAAGAUGAGUGGAAGCGCGUUCAGCAAGCUUCUAAGCAGGCUUGCUGCGGAAGGGCAUCAUGAUCUCUCAAACCCGGUUGAUCUGAAGGACCAUUGGGCAAAGCACGGUACCAACCGCUACAUCACGAUCAAAUGAUAUUUGUAUAUGGAGGUGUGAGCUCUUCACAUCUAUGUGAUCUAAAUCGUAUGUACUAGAUUCAAAUAAAUUUCACAAGAAAAGGAAGUGUAUGUGAAGCCAAUGUCAUGUUGUAUUUAUGUAAUAGAAAAAAAAAGAACCUUAGCAGCAGCACAUUUAGUAUCUUGGAGUCCUUUAAUCUAAGAGAUGAUGUUAAAAUA